AAAGAUAACUACUCAACUGAUUCGUUAUAAAAAUAAUGAAUAUCUAUUUGACUCUGAUUAUGAUUUUUUAUCAUCACCAAGUUUAUGGUGGGGUGUAAUUGAGGAUAAUUAUAAAUAUCUUCAAGACUUUGCCAAAAUUGUUUUUGCUAUUGUACCUUUGCAAGCAAAAUGCGAAUUACGCAAUAGUGCACUAGAGCUAACUACCUAUGCGGCCAUCGAAAACAAUAAUAUGGUUUUAGAGCAAGAUGAAGUUUUGGUAUCUUCCCAAUUAUCAAAUAGUGAGAAACUGGAGAUUGGAUCGAUGGUUGAUCUGUCAAAUACAAAUUUCGGUGGACCAGGUAACUUAGAAAUUUGUCAUACUGUAGCACAAGAAAGUGGUAAUAUGGAUUUUGAUCCUAUUGAAAUUGUGGAAAGCGAAUUAUG